UUGUUAUUGAUCUUCUUACUGGUAUACAGAUGUACUCAUUUUAAUUUAAUUUUUAGAUCUUCCAGAAGUUUGCUAAAUUAUAUAACAAUGCCUUUGAGAAAAUCAAGAUCGAGUGCUGUUGAGAAAGCCUUGUCUCCUGAAGAACAGCAAGCAAAGAUAAAUGAAGUUCGAAGGAUGAUUGGUCCAUUGUCGGAAGCAAUGCCAGACUUCUGUUCAGAUGCUUCAAUAUCAAGGUACCUCCGGUCAAGAAACUGGAAUGCAGAAAAGGCAAGUAAAAUGCUGAAAGAGACUGUGAAAUGGAGAUUGAAAUACAAGCCAGAAGCCAUUCGCUGGGAAGAUGUUGCCCAUGAAGCUGCUACUGGAAAGAUUUACCGGGCUGAUUACUUUGACAAAUAUGGAAGAUCUGUUCUUGUUAUGAGGCCUGGAUUUCAGAAGGAAGGGAAGCUCUCGUCAACUGAGUCUACAGUGAGGAAGGCAGAGGAUGUGGUGAGCAGCAUGCUGGCCAAGGGUUUUGUCCUGAGCAAGGAUGCCCUCAAGAGAGCAAUCCUAGGAUAG